AUGAGCCACCCAGACCCAGGUUUUGUCUCCAUGAGUUUCGACUCGGACACGCAGAGAAAGAUCGUAUCACAUCAGCGCACAUGGUCACCAUACGUGGAUAACGGGGGUACCGUUCUUGCGCUUGCGGGUCGUGACUAUGCUAUUGUUGCAGCUGACACUCGCUUGUCUGUUGGCUUCUCCAUUCCAAGCCGAAACUUUACAAAAAUUGUGCAGCUUACGGAUCAGGCGGUGCUCGCAAGUGCAGGCAUGGGCGCGGAUCGACAAUACCUUCACAAAAUCCUGCGGUCUCGACUCGAAAUCUACAGAUACCAGCACCAGAAGGAGAUGUCUCUGGGCGCAAUUGCACAGCUCCUCAGCAAUACGCUAUACAGCCGUCGAUUUUUUCCGAUUUACGCCUUUAAUGUAUUGGGAGGUAUUGACGCGAACACUGGCGAGGGAUUCGUCUUCGGAUACGAUGCAAUUGGCUCAUUUGAGAAAGUCAAAGUGGUAUGCAGCGGCUCAGGGCAGACAUUGGUGCAACCUGUACUGGACCAGCAGCUCGCUGGUCGCCAGAAAUACGAUGUGCCGGAUGAUCAGCGCAUGGCGUCUCUUAGUCUCGCUGAGGCGAUCGAGUUGACACGAGACGUGUUCAACUCGGCUGCUGAACGCGACAUUCUAACAGGCGAUGCACUCGAACUCUACGCUGUGACUGCCAGCGGUGUUCGGUGCGAACGCUUCGAGCUUCGACGCGAUUGA